AUGGAGAAUAAUAAAUUACCUGAACGAACAUCCUCUUCACAUUCUAAGCAAAACUCUGAUAGUUACAUAAACCACAACCUACCAAAUUUACCUGAUGGCGCUGCAUUGGGUACACCACCAACGCCAUUAAAUGAAUCAAUUGAUGAAUCUUUCGUUACUUCUCACACCUUCCCAACUGAUAUCUCAAACCUAUCAAACGCUGAGACUGCACAUCCCAGCAGCAACGGCGACGAAGAGCUUCCCGGUGGAGUUCGAGGUGCACCUUUCCCAGAUGAAGUUGUACCAACGACCUUUGACGAUAACAUCUACAACUCGUUAUGUGAAUUGGAGUGCGGCAUUCCUCUCCUGUUAGAACGUAUAAAACAAUCAAUGAUUAGCUGCAAAGAAGCUUCCACUUUCCUCAAAAAGAAAGCUCAAAUUGAGGAGGAAUAUGGUAGACAAAUGCUCAGAUUAGCUAAAUCUACAUCUGAGAUGUAUAGUACCACAGAAGGCAAGGCUGGCUCCUUCGUCGAAUCCUGGCAUCAUAUGAUGCGUCUACAUGAAUCCAUUGGAGAAGGCAAACUCAGAUUGGCUACCAGACUCAAUGAGAUCAGCGAUGAGCUCACUCAACUACACAAAGAAGUUGAUAAGAGCCGAAAACAAGCAAAGGAUUAUGGCAGCAGACAUGAGAAACUCCUCCAAGAAGCUGAAGUUAAUACAGAGAAAAGCAAGCACCGCUUCGAUACUGUCGCAGAGGAAUUGGAACGCGUUCUUAUUAUCAAAGAAGGCGAAAGCUUAAAAGAAGGAUCAAUAUCGCGUGCGGCUAAUGCCAAUGCUGGAUCAUCUCAAUCGUCAGUCUAUGCAGACAAGAAGGGUGGCUUCUCCAAGAUGCGUAAAGGCGCUGGUUUCUUUAGAGGACGCAAUCCGGGUCAAAUUCUUAAACAGGAAGAGGAUAUCCGUAAUAGAAUUUCACAAGCAAGUGACUCCUUCAAACGUAACGCACAAGAAAGCUCAAACCUACGCUCAGAAUACUGGGAUAUUUACAUGCCACGUAUCGUCAGAACUCUUAAGGAAUGUUCAGAUGAAAUUGAUUUGGGCGUUCAAUAUCAUUUAGAACGUUACGCUUUCUUGUUAGAAAAUGCACUUCUUAAUGAAGGUGUAACUGUUACCCCAUUAGCGAAAGAAGAUGGACCUGGUUUGAGAUCAUUAGUUGAACGUAUUGAUAACCAGAAAGACUUCAAGACAUUUAUGCAGAAUUUCGCAGUAGCACAACCAAAGUCAACUGGACCAACUAGGUAUGGACCAGAAUAUGAAAAUCAAGGCAAAGCAUUCUCUCCAUCGCAUUCAUAUGCACGUAUACCAUCUGCCUCACAUUCACAAAAUCAAACACCAAAAGCUAGUAUUACUUCAUUACCACCUUUACCAGCUAAAAAGACAUUCGGAAUUGAUCUUACAGAUCAAAUGGUUAGAGAUGACGUUGAAAUUCCAACAGUCGUCGAAAAAUGUAGUCAAAUUAUAGAAGCUCAAGGUUUAAAGAGUCAAGGUAUCUAUAGAUUGUCUGGAACAACGUCGAAAGUGCAAUCAUUGAAAGCUAAAAUCGAUCAAGACGUUGAUGGCAUUGAUUUAUUCCAAGAAGAGGAAGCAAUGGAUAUCAACGUUGUCGCUAGUGUAGUCAAACAAUGGUUUAGAGAGUUACCUGAGCCGCUUCUCACUUUCUCACUUUAUGCUCAAUUCGUCGAGGCUGCUAAAGUUGAAAAUGAUAGAUUGAGACAUAUAAAGCUUCAUGAGACAGUAAAUCAAUUACCUGAUUGCAACUAUUCCACAUUAAAAUACCUCAUGGGUCAUCUGGACAAGGUAAAAGAGAAGUAUGAAGUAAAUUCAAUGCACACCUCCAAUCUUGCUAUAGUAUUUGGACCAACACUCCUCAAUCCACCUCCAGAAGAACAAGCUAAAGGUACUGCAUUGGCCGAUAUGCAGUAUCAAUGUAAAGCUAUUGAGACUAUACUAGAAAAUUAUGUUGCAAUUUUCGUUGAAGAAGAGCAGUAAAUUGCGAUAUAUUAUAACUCACAAAGCGCGAAUUCUUGAAGAAAACACUUUUAAAUCAAUUCAAUUGAAACCAAUUUAUUUAUCUACAGUUAAUUCAGUCAGAUUAGUUCAUGUAUAAUCAUCCAAACACGAACAUCAAAGAUCAUCUUGUCUUUCUAAAUCACUUCCCUGGUUUCUUUACAAGCCAGUUUAAUUUCAAUUUGCUUAAUACAACAUUGUACAUUCCAAACAUCUUUCAAUACCC